AUCUAUAAUGCCAUUACUAAAGAUUUAGUGCUAGUACUGCCAGACCCUAAGAAGCCAUUUGAGGUAGAAACGGACGCUUUAGACUAUGCCAUCGGAGGACAAUUAGGACAAUGAGACAGACAAGGAAAGCUAUAUCCUAUAGCCUUCCUUUUAAAGAAGCUCGACGGACUACGUCUUAAUUAUCUAAUCUAUAACAAGGAACUACUUACGAUUGUCGAAGCUUUUAAGGAAUGGCGACUAUACCUCAGUGGCACCAUUGAACCAGUAUAAGUGUAUACGGAUUACAAGAACCUAUGAUACUUUAUAACGACAAAGGAACUUAACAGACGACAAAUACGAUAGGCAGAAUUCCUCGCGGAAUUCAACUUUGAGAUCUGCUACAAGAAGGGUAAAGAGAACAUACAAGCAGACGCUUUAAGCCGACGAACAGAUUAUAUGGAAGGACGAACGGAAAUAAUACUACCGUUAUUUAAGGAGUAAAUAGACAGAACGCUAUAUUACGAAACGUAGACACCUAUAGAAGAUAAUCUACUUAACUCGUUCCUAGAAUGCUACGUAAUCUUUCAAGAAGAAAGGAUUAACGAGGCAUAACUACUAGUACCUAACGGAGUGGAAGAAAGAGAUAGGAAACUCUGGUACCAAGGCAAAGCGUAUAUCUACGACAAAGAUCAAUAGCUACGGAUGAUUUGAGAACUCUACGAGUCGAAACUCGGAGGAUAUAAAGGAGUUACGAAGACUGUCGCACAAGUUAAGAAACACUAUAACUUUCUAUAGUUAACGGUACGAGUUAAGGAAGUCGUACGGAACUGCGACAUUUGCAAUCGAAGCAAGACGGCACGAUAUAAGCCGUAUAGGCUACUUUAGCCACUACUAACAGCUAAUAAACUAUAGAGUUUAGUUACGAUAGACUUUAUUACGAAGCUGCUAGAAUCUAAGGACACAGCUACAGGAGUGACUUACGAUAGUAUUCUUACUAUAGUAGAUCGCCUGACUAAGUAGGUAUACUUCUUUCCCUACAAGGAGUCCUAGACAGCAGAACAGUUAGCAGACGUAAUCUAUCGGCAAGUUAUAUUAGUAUAUGCUUGGCCGCAAGAAUGGAUCACCGACAGAGAUACCAAGUUCGCGUCGAAGUUCUAGCAAGCGUUAAUGUAACAAUUAGGCGUUAAUAGCAAGCUGUUAACGGCAUAUCAUCUACAGACUAAUAGAUAAACAGAGCGACUAAACCAAGUUAUUAAGUAAUACCUCUACUCUUAUAUUAACUACUAGCAAAAUGACUAGGUCAUGCUAUUACUAAUAGUAUAACUUGCUUACAAUAUAACGCCAACAGAAAUGACCAAAGUCACACCGUUCUUCGCGAACUAUAGAUAUAAAGCAGACCUUAGGCAAGGACUAGAGGUCACAGUGCCGAGAGCAGUAGUCAAAGCAGAACAAAUGUACGCACUAUAUAAAAAGCUCAAAAAGGAACUCAAGUUUGUUAAGACCAGAAUGAAGAACUACUACGACAAAUAUAGGCUCGAGGGACCUUGCCUAGAGAGGGGAGACAAAGUCUACUUGAUUAUAUAGAACUUAUAAACCAAACGACUAAGCAUAAAGCUAGACUUUAAGAAGGUCGGACCCUUUGUUAUCAAAGAACGAAUUUCGACAUCUAACUACCGACUAUCGUUAUUAUUAUCUAUAUGCCUAUAGACGGAUAUUUUUCAUAUUUCACUUCUCGAACUAGUACUAAAGAACGCUAAGGUUGCCACGCACAUUGAAGCAAAGGACGAAGAGAAAGAAUAGGAUGUCAAAGAAAUUCUAGAUUUAUAUAUCAUUAAUAGGGAACUAUAGUACCUAGUUAAAUGGCUUGAUUUCAGACUAAAAGACAACUUAUAGGAACUAAUUAAGAAUUUAAACUGCCCUAAGAAACUAGAACAGUUCUACCGGCAGAACCCGGAUCGACCAAAGGAAAACCUAGGACAAAACCAAAGACGGCGCCCUAGUCAACAGCAUCGACGGUAUCAUUAAUCUAUAACGAGGGCAUAGCAGGUGUCUCUUACCGCUCAACCUCCUCUAACUUGUCUAAGGUCGACAGACUAUACGCUACUAUAUCGGCACCUUUCUCUACCAAAAACUCCUUCUGCUGACGAAGACGCCGGAGCCGUGUAAGCUUUUUAGACAACUCACGCUAGGCCUCUUCUAGACGGCGUUAGGAUUUAUCUAGCUCAAGUUCGGC